AUGGCGACAUCAACACCUGCCCAGCAAAUACAUCCCGCUUCCUCAGACCAGCGCGACCCGCGCGACAAUGAGGGCGACACGCCGACACCGGUAGCCAGCGCAGCCAGCGCCUAUGAACAGCGCGAGGCUGACGACCGCCCACCUCUCUUCCCAGACGACAUCUCUGACAAUGCCUCGCUGCCAUCAAUCCCAUCCGAUGCGCGGUCAAACCAGCAAUCCUCUCCAACAGAUGAGGCCGUCCCGCCGUACUGGUCCCAGCCGCAAGAUACCCAGAUACAAGGCGUCCUAUCUCCAGGCCGGGCGCGCGCCGUGUCGAGCGCUUCAGCCGAGUCUGACUUGCCAGGGGUUAUUACGCUGCAAGACAACGAACAAGAGUACGAUGACGAGGAUGAUGCUGAGGAUGCUCGAAGAGCGACCCAGCUCCAACACGGCCGCGACCGCAACCGCGCCUGCUGGGCGCGCAGCGUCGAGGUGACGGACUACGUGCUGGUCAACAGCGGGGCAACUAACAUCGGGGCGUUUGUGGUGUGGAACAUCAGAGUGGAAACCAUGAACGGAACCAAGAUGAACAUACGCAAGCGGUACUCGGAAUUUGAUGUCCUGCGCCGCAGGCUGAUUCAGACGUUCCCCAACUUUGAGGCGGCCGUGCCGGCGCUGCCGCCGAAGAGCGUGCUCAAGAAAUUUCAGCCUAGGUUUUUGGAGAAGAGGAGGGUGGGGUUGCAGUAUUUUUUGAACUGUAUUCUGCUUAACCCUGAGUUUUCGGGGUCGCCCGUGCUCAAGGAGUUUCUGUUCUCAUAA